AUGUCAGGUAGGGUUAGGCGAAAACCCCGAGGGUACCUGCUUUCUAUGCGCCAAGGUCCCAACGAGUCUUUCGGGGAUUAUAUCUGGAGGUUCAACCAAGAGAAGUUGGACACUGAGAGCGCACCUAACGACUUCAUCUAUAGUGCCAUUUUUCGAGGGCUAAAAAAGGAUGAGCCCCUCAUGGCAGAAUUGGCACUAAAACCACCGAAAGACCUGCACGCCUUCAUGAUCAAGGUUGAUAGGUACAUCAACCAGGAAGAAACGCUUCAAGCCUUCUUGGGCCCCCAGGAAAGACAGCUGGAACCUUCUUCAUCCAGAAAGUCCAGCAAGAAAAAGAAGAAGUCCGAGGCGGGGCAGGACAGUACCUCCUCGGAUUAUAAAAAAGUAAAGAAGAAUUUCGGGGAUUAUAAGUGGACCCCCCUGAAUGCUACUCUCACUGAAGUCAUGAUGGGAAAAAAGACUUCAGAAUCGAGCUCGGGCCCCAGGCCAAGAGAAGAAGAAGAAAGGUGGCAUUGGAGAGAUUAUGCCCCGAGACAAGAAGAAAGGCGAGAAAGGGUAAGGGAGCCCGCUCCUAGGCCAAGAGAGGAGAGGCGCGAAAGGAGCAGGAGUAGGGCCCGAGAGAACAACAACAUCCCGAUAAUCAAUACCAUUUCGGGUGGGUUCGACGGAGGAGGAGAGUCAAGUUCGGCUCGGAAGGCUUAUGCUAGACAGUUGGACGAUUUUGAGGUGUAUUCGGUGCAGAAGCCUCCAAAGGCCCGAAUAUGCGAUCCUGUAGUUGUUGGGUUCUCGGAUGAAGAUUAUGCGGGAGUGAAACUCCCGCAUACCGACGCCCUUGUUGUAUCGUUGACUAUUGCCAACUUUCAACUUCGGCGGAUACUGGUGGAUACAGGAAGUUCGGCUAAUAUUCUAUUCAAAUCAGCCUUCGAUCAUAUGAGUAUCCCCCGAGAAAAGGUGGUCCCAGUGGUGUGUCAUUUGUUGGGCUUUGCAGGUGAGAAGGCCGUCACUUCAACCCCGCAUUCGAGUAUGAAGUUUUCGACCACUAAAGGAGUCGGGGUUGUGAAAGGAGACCAGAGGGAGGAAAGAAGAUGGUACAACCUCUCUUUGAAGAAUUCCCCCGAGAUUCACAAUCUCGGGGGAAAAACCAAAGAAGAUGGGAAAUAG